AUGAAUAGCAUCGGAAAGGAUUGCAAUGACCUGAAGAAAGAGUACGAGCAGUGCUUCAACACGUGGUUCGCCGAUAAGUACCUGAAAGGCCAGACCAAUGGCAGCGAUCAGAUGUGUGACCAACUCUUCAAACGAUACCAGAAUUGCGUGAAGAAGGCGUUGAGUGAACAGAAGAUCGACAUCUGGGAGAUCGACCGCAAUGUCUUGGGAACCGAUAACGAGCCCAAAGACAAGCCAAAGCCAAACAAGUCUUGA